AGAGAGGGCCGGAGCGAGAAGAUGGCGAAGACGUACGAUUAUCUGUUCAAGCUGCUGCUCAUCGGCGACUCCGGCGUUGGCAAGACCUGCCUCCUGUUCCGCUUCUCAGAGGACGCCUUCAACACCACCUUUAUCUCCACCAUCGGAAUUGAUUUUAAAAUCAGAACGAUAGAACUCGACGGAAAGAAAAUUAAACUUCAGAUAUGGGACACGGCGGGCCAGGAAAGAUUCCGAACAAUUACAACAGCAUACUAUAGAGGAGCCAUGGGAAUUAUGCUGGUCUAUGACAUCACCAAUGAAAAAUCCUUUGACAAUAUUAAAAAUUGGAUAAGAAACAUUGAAGAGCAUGCCUCUUCAGAUGUUGAAAGAAUGAUCCUGGGUAACAAAUGUGAUAUGAACGACAAAAGACAAGUGUCGAAAGAAAGAGGGGAGAAGUUAGCAAUUGACUAUGGGAUUAAAUUUUUGGAGACAAGUGCAAAAUCGAGUACAAAUGUAGAAGAGGCAUUUUUUACACUUGCACGGGAUAUAAUGACAAAACUCAACAGAAAAAUGAAUGACAGCAAUUCAUCAGGAGCAGGUGGGCCAGUGAAAAUAACAGAAAGCCGGUCUAAGAAGACCAGUUUCUUCCGGUGUUCUCUGCUUUGAUGAACUCCUCACUUCUGAGAGACUGCAGAAUACCUAGAGGGCCCUUCCCCGCCUCUCUGAAAGCACAGGCUACCCAGCCUCAGAGUCACCUCACCCGGCUGCUGCGGAGAGUACCCUGGAACUCUGACCUCUCAACACAGACCGCCAAGUGGAUCCCAGCCUUGUGGCCUAGCAAAAGAGCGGGCUCCUUUCUUUAAACAUGGAAGCAAUGACGUGGAGACACACGUAGGACCUAACUGGUUUUUCCUUGUUUUACUACCUGUCCUGGAAGCUGCUGUCUUUCUUUGCACAUGAAUGUCAGCCUUUCCCUGAUACAGCAUAAUCUCAGACUCUUAAUUGAGCACUUUAGUGGCUUGAAGUUCUAGACUUGUAUAUUUGGGGAUGUUUAAAGAUGGCAGAGCAUUGGGGGUUGGGGAUUUAGCUCAGUGGUAGAGCGCUUGCCUAGCAAGCGCAAGGCCCUGGGUUCGGUCCCCAGCUCCAAAAAAAAAAAAAAAAAAAAAAAGAUGGCAGAGCAUUAAACAGAGGUUGACCUGCUAAAAUUAAAGGAUGGUUGGCCUGGGUCACGUGGCCAAAAGUCCUUCUGUUGGUAGCAUUUAUCGAAGGGCUUUGAUUUGUAGUAUUCCUAAAACUCAUUAAAUUUGAUAAAUGUUUAAAAUUUAUAAAAACGCCCAUCUAUCCAGAGGCCAUGACAUUGUCAUCUUGUCAGGGGUGAUCAGUCGGGCUCACCCCUGAGUGGCUCUGUCCCUUUGAAGUUGGCUGCUCUGUGUCCUCUGUGGAAACAGCCUCUGCAAAGCACAGCAGCCUCCCUACUCGAGGGCUGUUUGCUGUCCUUCUCCUGUGUGACUUGCUGUCCUUAUUUACUAUCUAAAGCCGGUGGUAUAUGCAGGCACUUCUGUCUGCCUGUGAGCUUCAUGAGCUUCGAUCUCACAUGGGUAGAGAUGUGAUCAUCACAGCUUUCUCUCCACAUCCGCCUGCGGUCUUGUCACAUUACAACGUGUAGUAUAUUCUUUCGGAGUUUCACCCAUUAGCUUACAUUACCCACUUCUUAACCAUAAUCCCCAUCUGUGAGAGUUAACAAAGGUUAGCUUUAGAUUUUAAUUUGCAGAAAACUACAUAUAUGGAGAGAGAUUAAACAUGUUGAUGUAACUUUAAAAGACAACUGUUAGUAAUGCCCAAAGUAAUGAUUCUUUGUUCUAUCUGGGGUUUAAAAAAAUAAAAGUAAUUAGACCUAGCAUAUCCUCCAGGAAUCUUGUCUUUUCAGUAGAGCACAUAAUUCAGGUCUCAGCUUUCAAAUAGCCAUUGUUGGGUGUCUAAAACCUAGCCCUGUGCAUUUCGGUUUGUCAUUAGAGAAGUGGUGUGGCCAUCCAGGCCAAAGCCCACCAAAGGCUUCACUGCCUUUCUCACCAAAUUCUGGUUCUGAUGUUUCUUCUCUAGGUGAAACCACCACACUGGGGACGGGGGGGGGGUAUAUAGUGUUAACUUUUGUGCCAACUGCAGAUCAUAAUGUCACUGCUCUUCUAGCCUUACGUGUCCUAACACAGCAGGCAUAAGAACAGGUGACAGGACAGUCACUCCCCUCUCUUGUGCCACACCUUAAGGUGGACGUGGUCAUGGAGAGCUGGUCACACAGACAAUUCUGCCUGGGCCAGCCAGGCCUUCCCAUCAGUGGCUGCAUAUACCAGCGUUAUUUUUGGUGGAUAUGCUGACUUUACUGUUGAAAAACUUUAGCCUUUUCUUCUUUUUCCCUAGUUACCUAUCGGCUUAAAAUCACACAUUACUGCCCUUGUGCAAGCUGUUCACUCACUGAGAACUAAUUACAAGUCUAACAUCAUGACAUUAAAUACAUUUUGAAAAGAACCAGUAUUUUCUUAAAAAUGUCUUAUCACUACUUUUCUGGAAAAAAGUUCAAGCAGUUAAAUUGGUCACAAAGUACUUCGCAGAAAGCACAGGUCGUGACACUACAUAUGAAUGUAAUUCUCUUAGCAUUUACCUCUGACUGUUUGGUGUCUUAACACUUCGGUUUCUAUCUCAGGGGUUGUCUGCAAACCAAAACUGACAUGCUCUGUGGUCAGCCUUUUCUUCUUUUUCUUCUUUUCCUUUUUUUUUUCUCUCUUUUAAAGCAAAACCAGAAUACUUUGCUUUUGGAGUCUCUACUCUCCUUGUGUCUUUUGUGGGUUAACCGUCUCCAUGAACAUUGAAAGAGCCUGUAAGUGUUAGGCGAGUCUAACAGUGCUCUUUGAAGCAGCAGCAAUCGGGGAGUGUAUCCUUGUUAUAUAGAAAUACAUUGUCCUGGCUAUUUUCUUACAUUUAACUUUGCUAAACUGUAUAUAAUUGAGCUCAGACCAUAGGAAUUCACUUUUUGCAUGGUAGAAACGACCCAACAUAUAGUCUACUUUGCUUAUAGUGUACAUAUGGUGCGUUAUUUUUUCUAUUUGUAGAUGAAUUUAGUGACAGAUAAUUGUCUGUUCCCUGCUGAGACUGAAGAUAUCUAGGGGUGUGUGUGUGUGUGUGUGUGUGUGUGUGUGUGUGUGUGAGAGGGGGGGGAGCAUGUCUGUGGUCUUCUGGGUAGGGUACAUAGAGAUUUUUACUGCAGUAUUAGUGGUUCAGUGGCUGCACUUUAUUACUGUGCUAAUUUUUGAUGAUUGGACUCAAAAUUUCAGCUAGAGCCUGAGGGUAUCAGACAGUGAAAUGUACUGUAACUAAAUAGGAUGUGGAUCGGGCGAUUGUCAACUGUUCUGCUGGGAGCUCAUCCUAGCCUCUUGCGCUUCAGGCAGAUGAGAGCAGAGCAGUCUACCUGCGCAUCAGGUGCUGCCGGGCCUUCUUCCUGUUCCUGUGGACAUUUUAUGCAGCCUUUGUUAUAAGUUUCCCGAAGACUAUGCUCUUUACGUUGAAGGACUAUUACUUUAAUUAUACCUCAUUUAGCUAAUAUUCUAAUAACCAGUAGGAAACAAUGAGCCGGCCUCUAAGCACCCAACAAAUUCAGGCUGUGUGUUUUGUCUCGUCUGGUUUUGAACUGGAGGAAGAGAGAGAUACUUUCAAAUAAAGCAUGAUGUCCAUACCCAGUAGCAGACCAAAAUAUGACUUUCCUGUCCCUCCAUUAAAGAAUUCAGUUGUGCAACAUACAUGGGUUGUUCUGCGGUUUACGAGUAAGAAAUUGUAAUUGUGUUUUUCAGGCUCCAAUGCUGAGAAUCUGUAUUGUGGUGUAUAAAGUGUCUUCCUAAGAGCAGUAAAAGGACAAAUUAAGCAGACUUUCUUUUCAAGCUUAUGACUUAGAUUCUUUUAGAAAUAUAGUUCUUAAUCUUUAAAGAUGAGAUUCUAAGCCUAGAAUUUUAAACCACAUUUCAUUAUGGUGGCUUACUGAUCUCAAAUUUUCUACAAUUUGGUUUUUUUAGACUUAAAAACAGCUAAACAAAACCUUCCUUUAUCUUUCUCAUCACAUCCAGUGGCAGAGGGGACUGUCUGAGAGUAAAGUCCCAUGAUUCAGAAGGACAUAGCAGGUCAGGAUGUACCAAUAAAAGUUAUGAAUGUGAUGUUCAUUAGAAAGAAACUGAACAACUGAGUACAGAAAUGAAUAUCAGCAAGAAUUUGUUUUAAGGAUUUUCCAGAUUUUACUUUGUAUCUUGAAGUGUGUGCCAUAUGCCAAGAACUAACAGAACUUCCUGUUCCAUCUCUGUACCUUCUUCUUUUUUAAAAGUGAACUUAUGGUCGUUCAUUCCUGUGGCCUUAUGGAUGGGUUGUCUUGACUGUUUGCAACUGAUGCUGCAGUUCCUUUAAUGCAAAAACGCCAUGAAUUGUCUGACUGAAGUCAUGCCCCACCAUGGGAACUAUGGAGUUUCUUCAUAGACUUCUCCUUGUGUGCUUAAGCGUAUUUUGUUUUGCUUCAGUGGCUCACUGUGGAAAGCUUCUGUGGAUAGUAUGGGCCUGCCAUGUGGCUGGUCUGUUGAAGCCAGUUCAUUAACUGGACUGAUACUGAUGUUGUGUUUUUUAAAAAUGAAUUUUAUUCCAGGUGAACUUUUUUUUACAAUACUGUUCAUCUAAAAUAAAAACUACAUGAUGAAAAAUG